CGUUUUGGUUAGUAGCCGUACUUCAACAGAACGCAAAAGAAAAUCACACACGUCACAACUUACUAAUAAAAAAAUAAAACGUGCCUACGCGUAUCUAUAAAAAAUCCGGACAUGUCAAAACAAUUGGCUGAUUAUCAGCCAACAAAGUUGCAAUUCUAUAAGAAGAUAGCACUUGGCAUUUUACUAAUAGCCAUACUGCUAUCCCUGCCGGCAAUAUGCCAGAGUCAACAUAAUCCCAGUUUUAAAUACUCGCGCGAAGCAAAUGAAAAUUUUGAUGCUAAAAAUGCGCCGCCAGCGUCACACGAACAUCAUCACCAUGACCAUCACGACCACGAUCACGCCCAUCAUGACCAUCACGACCACCACGACCAUCACGACCAUCAUGACCAUCAUGACCAUCAUGACCAUCAUGACCAUCAUGACCAUCAUGAACAUCAUGAACAUCAGCACACGAAGUCUGAACCGCUGGAUAUGAAGAGCAUUUGGCUGCACUCUAUUGGUUCUACGCUGCUUAUCAGUGCUGCUCCCUUUGUACUGCUCUACAUUAUACCUCUCGAUAAUAGCGAGGCAAUGAAGCCGCGUCUUAAGGUUUUGUUGGCGUUUGCUUCCGGUGGUUUGUUGGGCGAUGCGUUCCUACAUUUGAUACCACAUGCAACACAUCCGCAUAGCCAUAGUGACCACGACCAUGAUCAUGGACAUUCCCACGAUCAUCACCAUCACCAUGCGGAUGGCGAGGAUGGACAUGGGCACGUGCAUGAUAUGAGCGUCGGCCUCUGGGUACUAGGAGGCAUUAUUGCUUUCCUGUCUGUGGAGAAAAUCGUGCGAAUACUGAAAGGAGGUGGAUCGGGUGGACAUGGACAUAGUCAUGGUGCACCAAAGCCCAAGCCAGUGGUAAAGGAAAAAGACGUCUCUGAGAGUAAGAAGAAGUCGGCGUUAAAGCCAACACAAACGGAGGUCAAGAAAACGGAUGAUGAAGGCGAAGUGGAAAUAUCUGGAUAUCUGAAUUUAGCUGCAGAUUUUGCGCACAAUUUCACCGAUGGCUUGGCCAUUGGCGCCUCCUAUCUCGCAGGCAAUAGUAUUGGUAUAGUUACCACCAUAACCAUACUGUUACAUGAGGUGCCGCAUGAAAUCGGCGACUUUGCCAUACUCAUCAAGUCGGGCUGCUCGCGUCGUAAAGCUAUGCUGCUGCAGCUAGUGACUGCGCUGGGCGCAUUGGCGGGUACAGCGUUGGCUCUGAUUGGAGCGGGCAGCAGCGACGGUAGUUCAGCGCCCUGGGUGCUGCCUUUCACAGCGGGUGGCUUCAUUUACAUAGCCACUGUGAGUGUGCUGCCCGAGCUGUUGGAAGAGUCGACAAAGCUGAAGCAAUCCUUGAAGGAAAUUGUGGCGCUACUAACAGGCGUCGCAUUAAUGAUUGUUAUAGCUAAAUUUGAAUAAUUAAUGCAACCGUUUAGUUUCUUAAAUAUGGCCCGAAUGUACUUCCUGUUAAAAAAUUUGUGGGCACAUAAAAUAAUACAUGAAAAGAAAAA